AUGCCAUUAAGGGGCAGCCAUGGUGGUCCCGAUUUUAGAGGAAGUCAAUCGAGCAUUAGGCGACGCAAAAGUAUCACCGAGGAAUAUCCCAGACCGUCGGUGUUUGGAGGACAAGAUCUACUGUUAGAUCCAUUGUUUGCGAUACAAACCCUUCAAGUUGGUAACCAUCCUGAAAGUCCCAUUCACAAUGUGCGUCAAGUGCUUGAAGCAAAUCGAGACGAUAAUCCAUUACUGUAUACGGAAAUGCUUGAGAUUGAUACAUCUGAUGAUGAUGAUGACUUACACUGGAAACAAGUAUCUCGGUGUGAGAGAGUUCAAUUAAUCAUUGCGGUCUCGUGA